AUGGGUGUCUCCACUGUCCGGGAGCUGAACCUCACCACCCUCACCCUCUUCAUAAUAAUCUCCAUUUCCAAUCUAAAUCUGAUUCCUUUUCCUUUCAAAAUGGAAGUGGACAAUCUUAACAAUCACAGCAACAAUUGUGAUGAAGAAACUUUUGUGUCAGACUCAAAAGGUGCAAAAAGAAGCAUUGCAGAGAGGAGAGGGUUCAAUUCAAAUGCUGCAAGAAUCAACACGGCAAUGUUUCGAACUGCAACUUCAACAACCCCUUCUCCUUCCCCUGCUGCUCGAUCACCUCGUCUCACCAUCCCUCCUGGCAUCAGCCCCACUGCAUUGCUUGACUCUCCCGUCAUGCUUCCAAAUUCUCAGGCUGUGCCAUCUCCCACCACUGGUAGUUUCUUCAUGCUGCCACCUCUAGCUCAGGAAACUAAUUCCUCGCUUCCUCCCUAUUCUGCCCCUCUGAAUCAGGUUUCUAGUAAUUUCCACUCGGUUAAGGGAGGAAAUAGAGAAAGCCAAGUUCAGUCACCAUUAGAUUUUUCAUUCCCAGCAGAUUUUUCAAAAGGCCAUUCUGUGAAAAAUAGUGAAGUAAAUUCAUACAAUGAUAUGAAAAUGCUAAAUGAUGCGAUUGUUAAUGCCAAUAAUGUUGAGAUGCCAAUGUCUGGCUCUGAAGAAGUAAGCGAUGAAAGCACAAUACCCAAAAAUGCUAUCAAUAGUGAGGAUAUUGGAGGGCAACCUGCUUUAGAAGGAGAGCUGAAAGAAGCGUCUCAUGCAACAGGAGUGGCAAGGACCUCAGAGGAUGGUUAUAAUUGGAGGAAAUAUGGGCAAAAACAGGUCAAAGGUAGUGAGUAUCCCAGAAGCUAUUAUAAAUGCACACAACCUAAUUGCCUGGUCAAGAAAAAGGUGGAACGAUCCCAUGAUGGCCAAAUUACAGAAAUUAUUUACAAGGGUACUCAUAACCAUGCAAAACCACACCCUAAUCAUAGAGGAUCUGCACUUUCUACUGAUGAGAUUUCAGACAUGGCUGAAGAUCGUGCAUUAGCUAAAGUGGAUAGUGGGUUCAUGUGGAGAAAUAUUCAGUCAGGACUCAAAGAUUCAAAAAACAGUUUAGAUUGGAAGGCUGAUGGUCAGGAGAGGACAUCAUCAACUUCCGUUGUGACUGAGAUUUCAGAUCCUACAUCAACUAACAAAGCUAAAUCUCUAUCUAUGUUUGAAUCGGAGGAGACUCCGGAGCUUUCUUCUACACUUCCUAGUCAUGAUAUGGACGAAGAUGCAGCCACUCAAGCACUUUUGUUGGUUGAAGAUGACGCUGAGAAUGAUGAAUCAGAACCUAAAAGAAGGAAGAAAGAGAGCUAUGCAGCUGAAUCAAAUUUGCACCCUAGGUCUGUGCGUGAGCCAAGAGUGGUAGUUCAAAUUGAGAGUGAUGUGGACAUACUUGAUGAUGGUUAUCGCUGGCGUAAGUAUGGACAGAAGGUUGUCAAAGGAAAUCCAAAUCCUAGGAGCUACUACAAAUGCACAAGUGCUGGAUGUAUGGUAAGGAAACAUGUGGAAAGGGCCUCACACAAUCUAAAAUUUGUCCUUACUACUUAUGAGGGAAAACACAAUCAUGAAGUGCCCACUGCAAGAACCAACAAUCAGUUAAACUCAAGUGAUGGUGGUUUACCUGCCAAUGGUGCCAAUGGGCAAGUGGCUCUUGCUUUACCAGGAAGUGCUGGCAUUAAGUCUGAGACUCAUCAAACCCUUGCACAUCAUUUUGAUAGAAAACCUGAAUUCUGCAAUGAGUUUCUCAGGCCUAGUUUGGUUGGAAGUUUCAGCGGUGACAUUAAGUUUGGUCCUCCUUCCCUUUGCCAAAUGAAGUAUCCUUCCUUGAAUAACACCAUGCCUUUUGGCUCCUAUGCACUGAACCCAGAUCGUUGUGUUGCCCCUCAAGCUGGAUCCAUUGCCUCAAUGUUCCCUGAUUUUCCAAUGACACUACCUUUGAAUCUUCCCUCAUCUGGGAAAUUUUCAGUUUCUGGACUUAGUUUUAACCGUGCAAAACCAAUAAACCAUAUCCAAUCUUUCCUUUCUGGGCAGCAAGUGAAGAAGGACCUUGAUACAGUAUUCCUGAGGCCUAAGCAGGAACAGAAGGAUGACACUAUAUAUGGCUCGUGCAUUCCCUCAAUAGAUGUCGCAAAUGCUUCACUCACUUCUUCAGCAGCACCAACCAUUUAUCAACGUGUCAUGCAAAAUUUCCCUUCAUAA